AUGGAGAAAGACAUGAAGGCUGGGAAAGUUAGAAUGGUUAAUGGAGAUGUCUUGAGGACAGUCUGUAUUACGGUCGAGGAGUUUUGGAAGGCGCAUGAAGUUUAUGAGAAAGACCUUGAUGCUGAAUUUGGAUUUGAAAAGGGAUUCUUCAUUUGGAGUUUUAAGAAGGACCCAACAGACUUUGAAUGGAGUUUUUGGACAGAGUGGGUAAAGAAGUUGUUGCUCUGGACUCUCCUUGGUCAUGUAAUCAUAUCACAAGUGACUAAUGCCAUCUUUCCAAAGUUUAGGACGUGGUUCCUGAUGAUAUAUGGGAUGUUGGCCUGUUUUAUUACAGUAGGCUAUAAAGGCCUGGCUGUAAUAAUGUUGCACUUGUUCAUCUCCUUUGCUGUGGCCCAAUUGCGAGUGCCUGCGCUGUCCUGGGUCUGCUCAGUUUUACUGUUAUACAGCUUACAAAUGGAUUCUCUGGGAAAAAUUCAGAAACGCUGGUAUGAAACGGAGAACGAAUAUUUCCUGCUUUUGUUCUGCUUGGCUCUUUGUAACCUUCGUUACACAAGUUUCAGUCUGGAGUAUUGCUGGCAUCGUAUUUGUCCUCAGAGGCGUUGUAUAUCCUUCUGCCGGCUGCUGGCUUACGUUUUCUAUUAUCCUAUAUUUCACAAUGGACCCAUCAUAUGUUACGAUGACUUUAAUAAUCAGACAAGAAGAACAGAGACAUCUGUCCCGAAAGCAGAUCGUGUGUGUUUGUUACUGGGUGCAGUGCGCAUUUUCUUCUGGUGGUGGCUCACUGAGUCCAUGCUCCACUUCAUGUAUAUUCAUGCCAUUCAGCAUCAAGAAACAAUAUUGGAAACUGCCUCUUACUGGCUAUUAGGUGGCCUCGGGUUUGCUCACACACUGUUCUUCUAUCUGAAGUAUUUGCUGCUCUAUGGCAUUCCAUCGAUUAUCAUGUGUUUGGAUGGUGUUGAACCACCAAGAUUGCCAAGGUGCACCAGCAGCUUGUACAGUUUUACAGGGACGUGGAGGGAGUUUGAUGUUGGACUGCACCGCUGGCUGGUUCGGUACAUAUACAUUCCUUUGGGAGGCUCACGGCAUGGAUUACUACGAAUGAUGUUCUCCUCUGCAAUGGCUUUCGGCUUUGUAUGCUACUGGCAUGGUGGCCAUAGCUUCAUGUUGAACUGGGCAGUCAUGAACUGGGUUGGAGUAAUGAUAGAAAAUAUACUGAAGAUGAUCUGUUCCUUUUCAUCCACACAAGAGAUAAUUGAAAAAUUGUUGUCAACCACAAUGCAACGCCGAGUUCAUGGAGCCUUGGGGAGUGUUGCCACAACUCUACUCAUUUUAUCCAACUUGGUAUUUCUUUGUGGAAAUGAAGUGGGGCAGAUCUAUUGGAACCGAACAUUUAUACAAGGUUGGCCAUGGAUACCCAUCGUAGUUUUUGGAUAUUUUUACUGCUACAGCCAAGUAGGAAUUGAAUAUGACAGAGUCAAAAAAUAAAUGUUCUGGUUAUUCUGAUAUUUCCAUUAUGAAAUCAAAAUUGUAGUUGUAACUAUGUUUUGUUUUAGUUUAAAUUUUUAAGUGCACAUUUCUUAUAAUUAACAUUUUGGUUAUAUUCGCAUCUCUCUGUUUGAUGUACAUUUGAAUAAAGUUUUAUUCAG